GCCAACGUUUCCGUAGGAUUUUUAUAAGCAACAUUCACAUCUAAUAGUAACAAGAGACAGUCAACACAAAUAAGGUGAUUUAAAUCGUUGUUUACGGAGCAAGUGAAGGCAACGCGUGCUGCAUUACAGAGGUACAACAGCACUUGAAGGCAACACGAGCCCUAGCAACCGCAGCAAGAGUUUCAGUGUACCUUCGCAACCAUGGAGGAUGAGCUUUCGUUGGUGGAAGAAAAAAAGGAAGAAGUCCAACAAGAACAACAAGAACUCCUCCACGACCAAGUCGAACAACUGAAAUGUUCCAACGCAGCCCUAUUUGCAGAGAUCGACAUGUGUGAGCGCUUCAUCGGUCGCAUUGAUCCUCGAGACCUGGUGUCCAAGGCUGGGGGAGACGGUCCGGGGGCAGGAGCCUCCAACCUCGAGGGUGGGGUUCGUAGGCGGAGGUCCCGGGCCAACAUAUCAGAACCCCUCCAGCAGCUGACCUUGGAACAAAAACUUUAUGUGGCACAGAGAGAAGUAACGGAGACACGACAGGACCAGGAGAAAGUCAGACGGACAUACGAGAGGAUUCAGGACAACUCCAAGGCCUCUCUGAAAGAAUCAGAAUUGCAUCUUGCAGAAAUCCGGAUGGCUCAGAAGAAGUUUGAUAGCAAACUGCUCAAAACUAUGAAGGACAACAGGUUGGAAAUGGCGGAGCCUGAGAAGGUGCUUCAGUUCAUCCAAGACAAGUCAAAGGUCACGCAGUUGGAGACGUUCAUGCUGAAGAACCAAACACUGAAGGCCCACGAGAAGAAGCUCCAGCAGCAGCUGCAACAGAAGAAAGAGAUGGGGAAAGCAGAGUACGAGGACAUUUUCCAGGGAUACAGCGAGCAGAGAAUCGACAAAACAUUGGCUGAACUUCAAGAGAACAAUUCAAAAGUACUCUGUGUCCUCGGUAAACACAAGGAGAAGCUGCACCGUGUGACAUUGGAGGCCGCGGAGCUGAGCGAUGACCUCGCCAAGAAGAAGCAGUUGCUGGAAAAAAUUGAGGCGAAGAUGCAGCACGCUGAGGAGGAGCGUUUAAAGGCGGAGGCCCUCAACCAACGCUUGCGGCGCCAGAUGGCCGACUACCAGGCCCCCGAUGUCGCCGACUACAUGCUCGCGAAGGACAAACACAAGAAGCUGCAGCGGAGCAUUCACGCUUGGGAGAGAAAGUUUGGGGUCGCUGAGCAGCUGGCGGGGAGGAGCCUCAGUAGAGCCGCGAGCACACAGAGGCCCCGGGGCCCCGGCAGGCUCCCACACAUCGCACAAACCAGCUCGUAGAAUCAGAGGAGAGCGCUACUGCCGUCCACCGACCGGCUUCUGAUUGGACGGUUACACAGAGGCUUUGAUCAUGACUUGGUUUGUUCUCUUUUCACUCAAUCAUGCGGGAGAUUGAUGCCAUCUUGAUGCGGGCUAUUUUAAAUUGCUAGAUUUACCAGAACAUCUUCUGGUCCUUUAUCGUUUCAUUAGCUAAUAGUUACUUAUUACUAUUUGAUUUUACAUACAGAACCUACGUAUUAUAUUAGUACUCUGCAUGAGUAGUUCACUUUCUAACAAUUGAAGUACAUUAGUAUGAAUUUAGGACUUUCACUUGUAAAGUAGUACUUGUGUUUUGAUGAUUGUAAUACUUCCACUACCGACUUUAAAUAAACAAAAGUUGAAAUUA